AUGUCAAGUAAACAUUGAGAGCCAGAAUGUUCCCUGCAUCAUCACUGGUUGAAAAUUCACGGAAACAUUUUGGACACUGAACUUUCGAUAGCGUUCCAGUAAAUUCAGUAACCAACGACGUUUGCUCACAUUCUGGGCACGUGUAUUCCGCAAAUUCCAGGCCUUCUAAGAACUCUAUCAACCUCUUGGCCAAUUUGGAUCCAUGCUUUCGAUACUUCUCUUGCUCUUUUUCAGUCAGAUCAUUCAACUCCCAGUAAACAUCGAAGAAUGCUAGCUGACCACCAAGGACUUCUGCAUUUUGCACUCUGAAGAAUCCAUUGUCGGCCCAUUCUUCUCCCCAGGAAUUCAUGAAGGUUAAACACUUGCAGUUGUAACUGGUCAAAACAACAGCAUGGCCAGAAGUGCGUUGUGGAGGAUUUGCAGGACGCUUACGAACAUCAAGUUCUUUUUUGGUGAGUAUACCAACUGGUUUGGUGUCGUAGAAAUUUUCAAAAUCAUCCCACUCGUCGUCUGUAAGAAAAAAUUUUGCUACCACGGGACGUUUCUUGACAAUGGCUUGCUUCGCCCCCUUGAUGCUGACUUUGCAGCAUUGUAAACGAUACUUAAUCGGGCAUAUUUUCUUCAGAACUUCACUGGUAUGAGCACGGCUUUUCCCAUGCUCACGAAUCAUUUCAUCUUUUAACUCAUCAAAACUAGGAUAUUCUCCUUCUCGACCAUGAAUUCGUUGCAUUGCCAAAUGGAGCACAACAGCGGAUGCAAACGCAUAGCAGGUUAACUGUUCCCCCUGAUCCUUUGCUCUAAAACCACUCAUGGUUUGGUUGAUAUAUAUGUCCAGGUGAACAGAUACCAGCAAUUCAGAUAGCGCAUCUGAACUACAGACAACACUUUUGGCCAUUUCGCAUGCUUCCCUGAAAGUAAUUUCAUUAAAAUUUAGAAUUUGGCGUGCCCAUAAAUAACAUAUCGUCUGUCAGCCAUAAAGAGCUACUGCAAUUAUCUGUUUAUAUCUCCCAAGUCCCAACAUUCUCUCGUCUAAUUGCUGGAAAUGAUUUUAUUAAUAGCUUAGAACUUGGGGAUGUUUGGUAUGAGAAAUUUCCGGUAUCGGUAUACCGGAAAAAUUAUACAUAUAUUACGUUUUAUUUCAAAUCCGACUAUGAGGACUGGACUAGAUUUCAAGUCCACGCAAUUUGAUCAAGUCCAAGGCGAAUCCAAGGACUGGAUCAACAUGAGAGGACUUGAAAUCUAGUUCAGUCCGAAUAUUUGAAAUGACAUCUCAUAUGAAUAAAUCACUAUUUCAAGUAAGAUGAAUUAAUUUUGAUUCAGUUUUAGGACUAGAUCAUAAGAUCAGUAUACGUAUACUUCACCAGGUAUCCAGUAUUAUCAUGUGAGCAAAAUAAAGCAAUAUGGUUGGCUAAUUUACUCAUGGAUUAUUUAUGAGUUUGAGAUUAGUACAUCAGUAUUUGGGCUGCUUUUGAAAUGGCUUUUUUUGGGUUUGAUUUCCACCUACCAAUCCGUAUUUUUCCCGUUUACGGUAAUCCAGCAAGGUUCCUUUUUGUUAAUGCCCCCCACCCUAUUGAUGAUUUCUUAAAAAAGGCCUUGUUGAAGUUAAUACCUCAAGUUGUCCGGAUGGUUGACUUGGAUGAACAACUUUGUUUCAUUAUUGGCGACAUCGAUUGUCCAACCACGUUUGACCAAAAUUGCUCGUGGCAGAUCGGCUGUGUUGGUAAUUCAGAGCUCAGCGAAAAUAGAAACUUGGCUCCAGAUUCCCAACCAGAUAAAAUUUUGUCGUACAAUCGUUUUAGAUGAAUAUCUGUGGAUUUAGUGAUAAAACAGGAUACUACAUUAACGCCUGCUUCAUUUAGUUUGGAAGUAAUUUGGCUGAUCCUGUCGCUAUCGUCGUUACUGCCGUCAGUAGGAUCUCCAUCUGACAGCACGAAAAGUAAUUUGUUCUCAGAAGUGUCUUCUUCGAAAAGUUUCGCUGCCUUUUCAAGAGAUUUGUACAACGGCGUUUGGUCAUAAAUGAAAGGCUCGACAUUCUAAAGUAAUUCCUCCUUUCUUUCGGUGGAUAAUUCCUUUUCAUCAACACAUCCACGGAUAAUGCGGGAGGUAUCUUGCACACUGAAUAUAGAGUAGGUCCCUACAUCUUUUAAAAAAUGGCGUUUUGCUUUUUCUACAACUUCGUGAAUAUCUCAAUUCCCCAUACAGCAUAAUACUCAUCAAAUAAGAGUGGAAGGCCUUGCUUGGCGUUCGACAGCCGGGCGGUAAAAAUUCGUGUACAAAUUUCCUGACGAAGUUUUCGUCAGACUUAAGUUUCCUCAAAAUCAAUGCAGCUAUAAUCAGAAUGCAGCCAAAAUCAAUGCAGCAAUAAUCAGAUGGUGUUUCUUGAAUAAGAGUGACGUCUUUAACCCACUGACGUAUAUUAAUAUUACUUGCGCCAUUUCUUUCGAGCACAUUAAAUAUCUCAUGGAUGUUGUUUAUUGUAGCAGGCGUGUUUUUACGAUAGUUAGGCAUUUUCAUGUUCUCAAUUUGCUGAAGGGUUGCAAUAACAUCAAAUAUCUGUGUGGCACAGUUUGCACCGACGCCUAUACCAAAGACACGAUUCUCAGACGUAAGAUCAUGUUCAAUAAGGUCAUCAAUAACUUUAAAAAUAGAGUGAGCCCAAGGUUCACCUUGUUCAUCCAUACCGUUUCCGAUGUCCCUCUGCAUAGAAGCAGAUACAUCAAGUAGUAUUCCAGUUAGCGACAUGUUUGUUUUAUCUGCAAUAAAGAAAAGUUCACGUAUGUUGUAUAGUCUUUAUCAGCAGACAAUAUAUCAAGAAAUGUAAAAAACAUAUUCCGAAUUAUCUAUAGUAAAAUCAUCUUGUAAACUCAACAUAUAAGUUGUUGAAAAUGGGGACUUCAGUUUGUGCAGUCGUCAGAGUAAGUGCCUAGUUCACCUCUUGAGAAUGUCGGUUCGUUUCUCGCGGCAAACCUGCCGAUCAGUUCUUUACCAACAAUUGUUGGUUUUCUCUGGGUACUCAGGUUUCUAUAUUUAAAAAGGUCUGGAAGCCAGCCAGAGGCACCCUUACAUCGAAACAGCCUUCGAAUUCGACUCGAUCAGAUUGAGCUGCGCAGGGUUUAUUUUAAGAAAAAUUUAGAACUGCACAUGUAGGAAUAUUACGAAGGCAACGGGUGUUUGACUGGGGGGGGGGGUCAAAGGAUUUUUAUCUGCACUUAGGUGACAGAAUAAUGGUCUGGUUGGGUGGUAGAAUUGGAGAAAAGCCAGACAAACUCGAUUUUGGGUGCGGGAGCUAGGGGGUUUUCCCCAAAACAAUUUGAAUCUAGAGGCUCUUAAGUUCUGGCAAAGAUUUGUUUUACCCAACCACUCACAAAACCUACUGGUUCAAAACAUGUAGCUGAGAAUCAUGGAUACUCAAUAUAUAACAACCUUAAAUUUGCAUUUGAGGCAGCAAAGAAUAUUAGGUUCUCCCAUUCUAAUCUCUUUUUGGGAGCUUCGCUCGUCCCAAUUUUAGCUAGUCUUUUCCAUUACCCCAGCACGUAGGUAAUUUGUGAGGAAAAUAGGAGGGUCUGGAGUCCUCCCCCAGAAAACGUUUAUACUUUUUUAUGCUCAAUUAAUGACAGAUUUCUGGAAUUUUCUGGAGCAUCCGCAAGGCAACGAGUAAAUGCUGUGCUGAGUGGUUAUAUUACUACCUUAAAAAAUAAGCAGAAACUCUACGUUUCGAGCGAAGGCCCACUGUUUUAAAAGCGGCAAGCACAUUGGAGAGGAGACUUAUUUGAGAGGGGGCUUAAUUGGGAAGAGGACUUUAAUUUAAAACAUGUCAUGGCUUAAACUGCUGUAAAUAUUUCAUAUUUCUAAAUAAAUAUUACAAUAAGUCAUGACAAAGUUGAAUAUAAUUUUAUUCCAAUCACAGUUCAGGCGUAAAAAAAAUAUACCUCUGGUUCCUGUUUCAUAUCGUGAAAAAUUAGGGUCGGUAGGUCGGAAAUAAAUUUUUUAAAAAAUAUUUGCAGCAGAGUCCCAACAUCAAUAUUAACUAGAGAUGCGUAUUUCCUAUGGACGAAUUUAGGCAAUUUGGUUCAAUAAUUAGUGUGACAACAGACGCCAUUUUGGCACGCUGUAUGAGCAGCCUGCAACCACCUGAAGAAAAUAGGGUCGCACGAUCAAUCGCGUAACCACAGGUAUAUUUUUUUACGCCUAAUAUUACACUAAAUAACCCAAUAUUAAAAAUGUUUUAACCAAACACAACAAAAUAACCCAAUUAACAGCUAAAGUCAAAAUUAUCCUAAUUUAAACUAUCUUAAUCAAUAAAGCUAAUGUAGCGAACUGGGCUCAUUACGGAGCUUUACGAAACCAAGACGAACAUUGACAUAUUUUGUGAUGGGUCACGUGAUUAACAAGCAUGCGAGACUAACCAGCGAGAGAGAAACAGUGAGAAAUCAGUGAGAGAGAUUUGUAUUUUAUUAUCAUUAUAAAGUUAUUAUAAAGUUAUUAUUAUUUUGUUAUCGUGAUUUGCCCUGGAUACUUCUCAGGGAGGCGAGAAUUCAGGACACGUGGCACCUCAACGAACGGGAUAUUUGUGAUUUUGUGAUGUUUUAGCGUGUGUAAAAGUCGUAAACAAAGUGUUUGUAUAAAAGCGACAUGGCGACAGGCGAAAAUACGGGAGAAACCGCGGAGAUUACACUAAAAACAAAACUAAUUCAACUUGGGAGAGCAAGAGAUAAGUCGGAUAACGUUUUAAAAGGAGGUAAGGAACAUGUUAUUCGAAGACAUAUCGAAACUUUAAAAGAAUCGCUAACAGAAGUGAGCAAAUGGCAUAGAACUGUCGAAGCCGAGAAAAUUACAUCGAAGGAAGAAGUGAGCGAGAUCGAUCAAUGGAGCAACGAAAUAGAAAAGCAUAUGGAAAAAGCAGACCAAACAAUAGGGCUUCUCGAACAGUGGUUAAACGAUACACAAGUCAAACGUGAAGAUCAACAACGACAAGAGCGUAUGAAUUUCGAGCUUAAACUUGAAGAAGCAAAAAUUAAAUUGAAAGCAGAACACAAGAAAGUGGAAGCACCAUCGAGUGAGAUAUCUUCAAGCGCAAGUGGAAACAUCCAAGCCAGGUUACCCAAGCUUACAAUCACAAAAUUUGAUGGAACAUAUGCUGAUUGGCCUCGAUUUUGUGGACAAUAUUCUGAAACAAUCGAUAAAUCAAGUACGCUUCCUGUUACUAAAUUUUCUUAUCUUAGAGAAUUAUUAUGCGAGAAAGCGAAGAAAGCAAUUGAAGCUUUGCCAUAUACUGCCGAAGGGUAUAAUAGGGCCUUAGCCAUUUUGAAAGACAGAUUUGGCAAAGAUAGUGAGGUCAUCAAAGCAUAUGUGAAGGAAAUACUCGAUCUUCCUUAUACCCCGUCAUCAAAUCCUAAAAGGAUACAUGAAUUUUAUGAGAAGUUAUCAUAUUGUGUACAGUCGCUUGAGACAUUGAAAAAAUUGGAAGCUGUGAAUGGAACUGUUGCCAUGACAUUGGACAAAUUGCCAAACAUACGGGGUGAUUUAGUACGGAACGACUCAGACUGGGAGAAAUGGGACUAUAUUCAACUAACCGAAGCAUUACAACAUUGGACUCGAAGGAAUCCAGUCGAAGCACAGAAACCAGAUGAUGGGAGGAAGAAACAAGAUCGGCGACAAGGCGGUUAUCAGUACUCAACGCAACAGAAGUUGUAUCAGAUAAGUAAAAGUUCUCGAAAGUGUGUAUAUUGUAGUUCUGAGAGUCAUAGAUCUGCUGAGUGUGACACAAUUUUGACAUUCGAGGACAGGAAAAAGUUUCUAGCUACAAAACAUCUGUGCUUUAACUGCACAGGGCCCUCUCAUAGGGCAGCUGAGUGUAAGAGUGUCUCGAAGUGUCGAUUUUGCAAUAAACGUCAUCAUACGUCAAUUUGUGAUGCACCCAAAGCAGACGAGCAUGAGAUAGCAAAAACAGCUCAUACCGGGGGGGAUAGUGAAGUUAUUUAUCCAGUGGUGAAGGUUGAAGUAGACGGGAUUAAGACACACGCACUGCUCGAUACUGGAGCAGGAAGCUCCUAUGCUUCCAGUAGUCUAACCAAUGCAUUGAAGAGAAAACCUAAAGCUGUCAAAACAAAACGAAUUGAAAUGAUGUUAGGAUCCACCACCACCAGAGUAGAAAUUUAUGCAGCCAGCAUAAAAUCCCUAGAUCAGAAAUUUGAGCUUGAAAUUGAAAUGUCAAAAGUUGAUAAACCUGAGCUAAUGAAACUCAACAACCCAAAUUAUGCCCGCCUGUUAGAGAGAUACAAACAUUUGAACGGUGCAAAAUUCGAAGAUCCUGACACCCGUACACAAAUACCUGUACACCUUGUGCUUGGGGCUAGUGAUUAUGCCAAAAUUAAAACCACUACGGCUCAAAAGGUGGGGAAGCCGGGGCAGCCGGUGGCAGAGAAAACCCUCCUUGGUUGGACGGUGAUGUCUCCAGGGAAGGAGGAGGGUCCCAUCCUGUUAACUCAAUCCACUACUAUAGAUUAUGAGCAGUUAUGUGCAUUAGAUGUCCUCGGACUUCCGGACAGAAAUGAAAAUGAUCAGAAAACUGUGUAUGAGGAAUUUGAAGAGCAGCUUAGUAGAGAUCAAGCGGGCUGGUAUGAGACAUCAUUAACAUGGAAAGGGAAUCACCCCCCACUGCCAACUUAUGAGAACAGUAGCAAGCGUCGCCUAGAGCAGUUGCUUAAGAAACUUGAACGGAACGGACAGUACAAACAGUAUAAUGACAUUAUACAACAACAGUUAAAUCAGGGAGUAAUUGAGCUGGCACCUACCACUAAAACAGCAAAAGAAUUUUAUAUUCCCCACAAAGGCAUAGAAAGGAAGCAAGCUGAGACCACUAAGUUGAGAGUGGUGUAUGAUGCGUCUGCGAAAGAGAGCGGAUCCCAACCAUCCCUCAAUGAUUGCCUCCACCCAGGCCCCCCUCUCCAGAACCUGUUAUGGGACGUCCUUGUUAGAUCUAGAUUUCACCCCAUUCUGUUAACAGGCGAUUUGAAACAGGCCUUUUUGCAAAUCAGAAUAAAGGCCGAAGAUCGAGAUUCAUUGCGAUUUCACUGGAAAGAGACUGGGAACGAUGCAAUACAAAUCUACCGGUUUACUCGAGCCCUGUUUGGGCUGACUUGCUCCCCAUUCCUUCUCGGGGGAGUCCUUAAACACCAUCUGGAUGCUUGGGAAGAGCGCUACCCCGAGAUAGUGAAGCAAUUACGCGAAGGACUGUAUGUUGAUGAUUUGAUUACGGGGGGUACCACAGUCGCAGAAAUCCAGACCCAGAAGGAGAAAACUAUCGAAGUUUUUAACGAUGCCACUUUCACAAUACACAAGUGGCACUCAAACGUACCUGAACUCGAGCCAAAGAAUCAAUCGUCAUCAGAGAUAAGUGAACUAACAUAUGCCAAAAGUCAACUGGCAGGGAUCGAACAGCCUGAUGGGAAACUACUUGGUGUGCCCUGGGAUAGGAAGCACGAUACUAUUAGCGUGACCCUCACCACAGACGCUGAACCUGUAACUAAGAGAAGCAUCUUGUCAAAAUUGGCACGAAUCUACGACCCCCUGGGCUUGGCUUCACCAACCACACUGACCGGAAAACUUGUUUAUCGGAGUGCGUGUGACAGUAAAAUUCCAUGGGACGCAGACCUACCAGGGCCACUACGAAAGAAAUGGAAGGAAUGGAACGAAGCGCUCGAGUCCUAUACAAUCCCUCGGUCCUUAGCCUCAUACCAUCAACCAAUUCAAGAGAUCACCUUGCAUGGAUUCGGAGACGCGAGCUCAAACGGCGUUUGUGCAGUCGUCUAUGCAGUAGUCAAACAAGAGGAUGGAGUUACCCAGGGAUUGGUAUGUUCGAAGUCACGAAUAGCGAAGCGAAACUUGACCAUUCCACGUCUUGAGCUCAUAUCGGGACACAUGACUGUAAACCUAGCCACAAAUGUUCAACAAGCUCUCACUACUCAUCCAGCAACUGUUCAUUGUUGGCUCGAUUCAUCCGUAGCUCUGUACUGGAUCAAUGAUCAAGGUGAAUACCGACAAUUUGUGGCAAACAGAGUACAAAAGAUUCGUCAGCACGAGAAUGUUACUUGGCAUUACGUUCCAACAGCGGAAAACCCAGCCGACAUCGGAAGUCGGGGAGGAAAGGUCUCUGGGAACACGUUAUGGAAAGAGGGUCCAUCAUGGUUAAACAAUCCUGCAGAAUGGCCAGUUCACGAGUUCUGGAACCGACAUCAGAUAGCAAAUCAGAAGCGAAAGUGAUUAAAGAAAUCUUCAAAGCUGCGCACAUUGAAGAAGACAUCAUGGAUCUACUACUUGAUAAAUAUCCUUUACCGAAAGUGCUACGAAUUGGAGCGUGGGUUCGACGGUUCAUUCUGAAUUGUAAACGACAACCGGCAGAGAGAAAGAAAGGUCCCAUCAACAGUCGCGAGGUUCAACAACAACGAGAAUGGUGGAUACGACGGGCCCAAGACGCAGUCAAACACGAUGCACGAUAUUUAGCCGACCGAGAGCGAUUAAACCUACAGGAGAACAACCUCGGAAUUCUGGAGUGUUGAGGCAGAAUUAUCGAAGAAUAUCCCAUCUAUAUACCAGACUUCCAUCCUUUCGCGUCAUCUUUAGUUCGUGAAGCGCACCUAUCAACUCUACACGGGGGAGUCAGUACAACCAUGGCGAAAGUACGUGAACAUUACUGGGUUCCUCGGCUUCGCCGUCUAGUCAAGAACAUCAGAUCACACUGCAACGGUUGCAAGAGAUUCCGGGCCAAGGCCUAUCAAGUACCGCCCCCCGGAAAUUUACCAACUACGAGAACACAAGGCGCAGUACCAUUCGAAGUGAUCGGGGUGGACUUUGCCGGACCUAUCAAGUACGUAACAAAGUCGAAGAAGGAAGCUAAGUCAUAUCUUGUGCUUUAUACGUGUAGUCUAACAAGAGCCGUCCACCUUAAUAUUGUGAGAUCGUUGGAUACGAAAGAGUUCAUCAUGAGCCUAAAAAGGUUCAUUGCGAGGAGAGGAAGACCAAAGUUAAUCUAUUCCGAUAAUGCAAUGACAUUUAAAGCUGCCGCAAAAUGGAUUCAACUAGUAAGACAAGAUGAGAAACUAAACAGUCUCUUAGCAAACAUGUCGAUCGAAUGGCGUUUCAACUUAAGUCGGGCCCCAUGGUGGGGAGGACAAUUUGAACGUUUAAUUGGGUUAUUUAAGAGUUCAUUCUAUAAGUCAAUCGGCAAUGGUAUCUUAACGUGGUCGGAACUCGAAGAAGUCGUGUUAGAUAUCGAAAUAGCGAUGAAUAAUCGCCCCCUGUGUUACUUAGAGGAUGAUGUGCAGUUACCUGUGCUCACACCCAAUGGUAUGCUCCACACCCAACCCACCUACAUUCCCGAACUAGAAAAGCACCACAUCGAAGAGAAAGAUCUCAGAAAGCGAGCCAAACAUCUGUUAAAAUGCAAACAAGCGAUGUGGAAUCGGUGGACCAGAGAAUAUGUGCGUGGUCUUCGUGAGCAACACCGAAUGACUAGACCAAAAUCAAUGCAACAUCCCAAAGUUGGAGAGAUCGUGAUUGUAAAGGAAGAUCAAAAACCAAGAAAUACCUGGAAACUUGCCAUAGUUAAGCAACUCAUCACGGGCAGAGACGGUGUAAUACGGGCAGCUAAGCUUAAAACUACUGGUGGUAAUAACUACCUGGAACGCGCGAUACAACACUUGUUCCCGUUAGAGUUACAAUGCGAUAAAGAGAUUACAACUCGUUUAGAUCCAGAUGCACAAGAGUUCACACCCAGACAGAAGCGAAAUGCUGCAGCAGCAGCUACGUUACGCAUAAGAGACAUUGCAGAGGAUGAAAAGGAACUUUAAUUAAAGAUUGCAGAGACUUGCUAUUAGUCCGUGUGUUGUGACCUCGAAAAGUGCCUAGAAAACGAUUUUCAUUAAGCAUGUCUUAGAUCUGAAAUAUUUUUACGGGAACUAACACUUUCGAACACGCUGAGUUCAAAUCCGAAAAGUUCCCACUCCGUAGACCCGCAGUUUUUUCACAAAAUGCUAUUUUAUCUUCACUAAUUUCACAUCAAAUUUUUUCAUUGUUCAACGUCACGGAUCGAUGACGAUACACUAUUUUGUCACUCAAAAGGACCAAUUUCUAUUAACCAUUCUUCCUUUUAACAAAAGAUCGGUUUUGCUCGAAUCAUUUUGAGUUAUGUAAUCUUAUGCGUGUUGGACGUAAACAACAUAUCUUGUCUACAACUUUGAGAAGGUACAGAUAAUUCCUUCUAAUAUCCUUAGUUCUGGAUCUAUUUCUAUAAAAUCACAAGGACGUUAAUGUCAAGUCUUUGGGCUAUGUCUCUGGGCUGAGAAAUAAUUCCUUACAUGCGAUCAAAAUGUUUUAUACAAAGAUAUAAAACGGUAAUCUAUAUGUAAUGGAUCAGCACUGAAAUUUCCAACACGGUUUCCAAGACGUAAUUCAAGAGAUAACUUAUCAUUGCAUUUGAACUAUUACAUCAGUUGGUGUUAUGCUGUGCGAUAAGCGAGUAUUAUUGGAAAGAGGGCUUCUAUAUACGUCGAAAUCAUCAAAUAAACAGCUCAGGCACACAUUUCUCCAAUUUGCGGUAAGUUUACAGAGCGUAUUUUAUACUUUGUGACUUAUCUUUGUCUUUGAUGUGAACAUUUAUUCUUAUAGUUUAAGGUUAUUUAAGAUUGAUCCUGUCGUAAGUCUUCUACCUGCAACCAUUUGACAAUAUUUCGUUUUAGCGUUAUCUUUGCCGUUACGUUGGCUUCGCGUUACUUUUGUUUUAAAUAUCUUGAUCGCGUUAAAAGAGUUAUUUUUCAGGCCAGUGACAUAGCUAAAAGACUUGACAUUAACGUCAUUGUGAUUUUAUAGAGAUAUCUCUAGAACUGAGGAUUUUUGAAAGCGUUAUCUGUACCUUCUCAAAGUUGUAGACAAGAUAUGUUGUUUACGUCCAACACGCAUAAGAUUACAUAACUCAAAAUUAUUCGAGCAAAACCGAUCUUUUGUUAAAAAGAAGAAUGGUUAAUAGAAAUUCGUCCUUUUGAGUGACAUAAUCGUGUAUCGUCAUCGAUCCGUAUCGUUGAACAAUGAAAAAAUUUGUUGUGAAAUUAGUGAAGAUAAAAUAGCAUUUUGUGAAAAAACUGCGGGUCUACGGAGUGGGAACUUUUCGGAUUUGAACUCAGCGUGUUCGAAAGUGUUAGUUCCCGUAAAAAUAUUUCAGAUCUAAGACAUGCUUAAUGAAAGUGAACGAUAUCGGGUCACAACACACGGACUAAUUGGCAACUACAGAUGAUCAUGCGGGUGCACACGCCUCUAAUAUUGCGCCCGACCAGCAUUUUCGAAAAUAUGAUUAUACUACUGCUUUUGGAGAUGAACUAGAAAUAGAGAUUACACCUACACUUGCCUAUAUGUUGGGUUGAACAACAUUCGUUACCGAUCCUUCGGUUAUAAAAUAUAAAACCGAACAAAUAGCUCUUGAUAAUUCUCUAAGCGAUAAAUCGUGGUAUUAUUUUAUGAAUAAAGCAUAUGCAAAAGGUAACAAUUUAUUUGCGUGUACUUUUUAUGGUUCGUAUUUACCAGAUAUCUCCGACGGUAUUGAUAAAAUGUUUAUAUAUUGUGAUGAAGUAGAAAUGUCUAUUGUUGGGGAUACAUAUGCUCGACUAUUGGGUAUAGUGCAUUUAAAAGGUGAAAAUCGUGGAAAUGGGUCAUUAUGUCUAUAUACACCGCCAGAUAUACGCCGAAAGUUAAUUAAAAGUAAAAUUAAUCAAUUCAAAAUUGGGUUAUACGAUACGACACAUACCCUAAUACCCUUCAGUGGAGGUACUGUAAACAUUGAAUGUAUAGUUAAUUAAAAAAAUGUUACACCUUAAAAUGGCUAUACCAUCAAACCACCCUUGUGAACUACGUUUUACAGAGUAUGAAUAUAUUAAACCCGUGGGUGCUUCUGAUACAAGUAUACAUUAUUUUAAUGUUUCGCAUAAGGUUGAACUGCCCGCCUAUUUUAAAAAUAAUGAUAUUUUUACUUUCUACACUGCAAGAAAAUUUGACGCUUCUCAGGUAAUUAAAAAUAUCGAUAUAAAAGAUGCAAAGGGGACAUUUCGUGAGGGUAAAUUUGAAGAUGGAACUUAUGAAUCGGUACAUGUUGUAAAUACCACAACUUUUCGUCAGGCGGUUGGGAGAAGACGUCUAUUAUAUAAUAAUCAAAAUGUCAAUAAUUUUGAAAAACAAGUAUUAACCUUUUAUUUAAUCAAUGUCAAAAAUCUAGACGAAUUAAAUAAAAGUGUAAAAAUAAUACUUGAUUUUAAUAACGAUACAGGAUAUUUAAGUACGACCGUUUCAGUGGAUAUAUGGUUAAAUGUAUUUGUUGAGGACGAAUAA